CUUCUUGGAGCGCGUGUGGUCCUUCCUUCAUUCUCCUUCAUGCAAGCAGAAGGGGAUGUCUCUCUCAAAGCAGUGGCACGUCGUCGUCGCCGUCGUCGACGUUAGCGUCGUGCAGGAUGUGCCGGUACUAAGGACCGCUAACCGCUGAGGAGGUGCAGCUUAUAGUAUUUCCUAGAUGUGGAGGAGAGAGCCCUGGAGCUCCCCCAGGAAGACGACAAAGAUGAUUCUGCUACUGUAUUUUGCUACCCUCGUGCCUUUUGCGAGACCAGAGUUGGAUCACGGUUUUGGAGCAAAUAACAAUCGCGACGAUGAAUCCUGGACCGAAACUAGUGUCCAGCAUAGAAUUAUGGAACCCGCUUACCUUCUGCCAAGGCUUCCGCUCAGCGAGUUUCCAGGGGACUACUUCCAUUGCAGGAGACCCGCGAAAUGCGUACACAUGAGCAAUUCCACCUGCAUGGGCACUAGGUUGCCCUACGACACGACGAGUAUGGAUCUCAUUCCAUACUAUACAACACAGGAGGCAAUAAGAGAAAAAUUAUAUUUAUUACAAAGUCUGAAACAUAUUCCUAAAUGUUGGGCUGUAGUUCAACCAUUUUUGUGUUCAGUAUUCAUGCCAAAGUGCAUUAAUGAUACAGUGGAUCUACCAUCCCAAGAAAUGUGUAGAAUCGUUUCUGGCCCUUGUAGGAUCAUAUUCAAUCAUACAAUAUGGCCAAGUUUCAUCAAGUGUGAGGAUACUAAGUUAUUCCCAAAAUUAUGCAAAAACGAUAUUAGAGAAGUAAAAUUCAAUACAAGUGGAAAGUGCCUUGAUCCAUUAAUACACACUGACAAUCAAUUAGCUAUUUUUGAAGGAGUGGAAGGUUGUGGAAUGCCUUGCAAUGAUCCACUUUAUACUCAGGAUGAAAAAAUUCAAAUUCAUUCGUUUAUUUCUUGGGCUGCUGGGCUUUGUUGCUUCUUUAAUUUUUUUACUGUUGUAACAUUUUUGAUUGAUUGGAGAAGUGCCAAUAAAUACCCUGCACUGGUUAUAUUUUAUAUAAACUGUUGUUUCAUGGUAUCAUGUAUCGGCUGGCUUUUGCAAUUCACGCGCGGAAGUAGAGAAGUCAUUGUUUGCAGAAAAGAUAACACACUAAGAAUGAGUGAACCAAGUGGUGAAAACCUCUCUUGUGUGGUGGUAUUUGUACUGGUGUACUAUUCGAUAAUGGCUGCCAUGGUCUGGUUUGUUGUAUUGACCUACACUUGGCAUAUGACUUUUCAAGCACUUGGAAAAAUUCAAGACAGGAUCGACAAAAAAGGAGCGUACUUUCACCUGCUGGCGUGGUGUUUGCCUCUUAUGUUAACUGUAACUGUUAUGGCGUUGGGUGAAAUUGAUGGGAAUUAUGUGACAGGAAUAUGCUUUGUCGGUUACAACAAUCAUGUUGUGAGAGCUUGGUUUGUACUUGGCCCUGUCUCAGUUGUUGUUCUCAUUGGAGGAUAUUUUUUGUCAAGAAGUUUAAUAACACUAAUUCGUCUUAAAAUAAGCAGUCAAGAGGUUAUAUCAGAAAGAGUAAGUUCCAAAAUUCGGGAAACGAUAGUACGAAUGGGUUUAUUUUCAGUGUUUAUAUUUGUCACUGUCAUCAUAACAUUUUACUGUCAUAUAUACGAAUUCAAACACACUUGGGAAUGGAAACAAAGUUUCAGAGAUUACAUGAUGUGCUCCAUAACAUCAAAGUAUGCAGACACAUCAGAAUGUAAGAUAACAUAUAGACCAAGUGCUGGGAAAUUGCAGUUACAUCUAUUGGCUCCUUUCUUUGCCGGUAUUCUAAUGUCUUCUUGGGUGUGGACCAGCUCUACAAUCGACACCUGGAUAAGGUUUUUUAAAAGGAUUUUUAAUAGUGAGCCAGAGGAACCCGUAAAACUAAAAAAGCACAAAGUCAUAGCGCAAGCUUUUGCUAAAAGAAAAAUGUUCAACAGCGCCGGUCGUUUGUCGAUAACUUUUCACAACACCCACGAGGAUCCGGUAGGUCUGAAUUUUGAUCUCAACUCUGUAGCAUCUCAAGACUUUAGCUCUACCUGGGCAGCUGCUUUGCCCAAAUUGGUCACCAGAAGAGGAGCACUGGUUGGCGGAUCGAUGUCAAGUAAUCGCCGAAACUCGACCGAUUCUCAAUACAGUUUUAGCUUGCGUCGCGUCUCGGUGGAGUCCAGAAGAAAUUCCUGUGAUUCUCAAUUCGCCUUAUCCUUUAGCGAAAUGAAGGCAGAUUUCAAAACUAGCAGAGUAAAAAAUAGUAAUAAGAGAAGAAAAAAACCGCCCGAGCGCUCGAGAAAGAGAUCAGAGUCUUACAAGAGGGGCACCAGGCGGGAUUAUGAAAAGUGUAGGUCCAGGCCCAACAAAAUGAUUUCGCCUCAUCGUAGGGGUAGCACGACCUCUCAGGAGAGCCAACUAGGAGUGCAGAUUUUAUCAGCUCUGUCGAUUGGAGCUGCUUCAAAUACGGCGCCAGUGCAAGGGCCUAACAUGAAAAGACGACCUGGUCUGGAUGAGGGUACACUGGCGUUGAAGGACGCAGAGAGACUGUUGCCAUUUUUAUUCACACAGCAAACUGAUAGUGAUGAGGAUCUGAGCAGCGAAGAAAAACCUAAUGGUAUUAUAGACAAAGACAUAGACUUGGAAGUCGGCAACGAGAAGAAUAAUCAAGAAAGCGAUAACGAGGACAGUCAGGCAGAAGAAGAGACAAAGAUGCUGGAAACGAAGGAUAUUUGCGAAGGAAGCAAAAGUAAGAUAAGCAAUAAGAGCUUUAAUCGAAAUGACAGACGAAUAUCCACAGAUUGUCAAGCUAAAUAUCUGCUGGAAGAUGAAAAGUCUCUGAAACAUUUGCUGAAAGACUCAAAUGAUUGUAAAAUAAAGAAUGAGAACAACGAAAGAGAUAAAAAAUUUAAAGAAUCCACUUUGUCUUAUAGUCCUGAUUUGACGCGAUUAAUACAACACGAUGUACAAUCGAAUGCCAGAGAAAUGGCAACUCAAACUUUGCCUUUAAAAAUGUUAGAGAUGGAAGCUUUGAAUCAAAGUAUCGAUGAAAUUAUAAAUAGCCGGAGUUGUAACUCGAGAGGGACGCAAAUUCCGCCGCUGAUGAAAAAGAGUAAGAAACAACCAAAGUAA